AUGUCACACGCAAUUCCAAACACGACCGCCAUUGUGGUCAUCACGGCUCCGACAGAGCCCACGGCUUCUAGCGCGGGGGUGGCGCCAGUCUCGUCCAGUGACGGUCCACAGACCAAACGCAUGUCGUUUGCUGGAAUUGUGACGGACAAAAGCGACAAAGGAUUUUCCACAGAAACGACAGGAUCUCUAGCGGUUAUCGCAGCUGGGCCCGUGUUGGUUAUCGCACAAGGAUGCAAUAUUCCAAAGACGCCGACGACGCCCACGAAAGAGGCAGCCGCAAAAGCAGUCCACACGAGCAAGGGAGGUCAAGAGAAACCUUCUCUGAUGAAGCGCAUCUCGGGGCGGUUUGAACGAAGCCCGUCGCCGUCUGCGAUGGAGUCUCUCGUCCUGGGCGUAUCCAGGCUCAGUGUCGUCGCGGAUCAUGGCGAGAUGAACAAGCUUCAUCAGCGCCAGUCCUCCUCAGUCACCGACAAGCCCGCGUAUGUAAAGACCGGGAAGGAAGCUGGUGAGGCGGAUGAGGAAGAAUAUGUCUAUGUCGAUUCCGAUGAGGGAGACGACGAUGACGAUGACGAUGAAGAUGAUGUAGAGACCCCUUCAUCCACGGUUAAUGGACCUGACUACAUCCAUUGUCUCGGCGUGCUGAGGGGAGGUCCGGUGCGAUCUAAUCCGACGUCUCCGGCAGAGCGCGCGAAGCGCCAGAAGCAAAAGCCUAGAUCUUUUGACCAGGUCAUUGCCCGUCACCAUCCCACGGAAAAACCUCCCAGUGUCGAGGAGCGUACGUCGCUUCUCCAAAGAUGGGAGGCUUUAUCGGAGGACCUCCAACAUCUCGUACAAUACUACGGGGGAAACACGUAUAAUUCCAUCCUCCAAGUCAUAUCUCUUGUCGAGAGCCAUCCUUUCUCAAUUCACGUUGUCCGCAAGACCGAGCACGACUACAAGUCCAAAAAGCCACGAGAAAACAGGGGAGUGAAAGGUGUAUAUUGCCUUCUAUGUAAUGAUGGUACUUCCUUCGCAACCAUGGGUCGCGCAGCGGCUCAUCUUACAGAGACACACUGGAAACUCAAGCCCUGGCGGUGCAUGUUUUGCGUCGAAAGAUUCCCGCAUCCCGACAAGCGGUGGAGUGGACACACCAAAGCGUGUUCUGACUUCUGGGCCCAAAUUGGACAGGGGCAGGCCUCGACAUGUGCUCGUACGCUCGACAUUACUGAGCGUGGGGCGUACAACGUUAUGAGCUCCAUUUAUCCUGGUCAGGGUGCAUCAACAAGUGCUGCAGCGUCGAGCUCUAGGAGACCACCAUUCGAUAUUCGAACAUCUUUUGACCACGAUCACAAUCCACUGCACCCCUCAGGCUCAUAUUCAUACCCUACACUGUCGCUUAAUUCUCAUGAGCUGGCCGGCGCCCAUCCUCAAGCCCCCCGGGUUCCCAGUGUCGUUCCGGAAACACAACUUCUCCACAGUCACAACAAUUCACAGUCCUUUCGCAGUGCUCCUCGAACACAGCUGCACUUGGCGGUGAACUAUACACCGAAUCUGUCGCAGGAUCCACAAGAUGGCUCCCUUUCGGGCUAUGAUGCAUCACCUCCCUUGGGUUCGACACCCAGUGAUGGAAGUUGGUACCACAAUCCUCCGACCGGACGAGUUCCCCUCCAGCCAUAUGUACACGCUGAGCAAGUGACUACACCUUCCCCCAGUUUACAGCAGCCCAAUGUAACGACGUCCAUAGCCCAGUAUAUGACACACCCCACAAGCAGGACGUCGCACGGUGCUGGUACCCCAUGGCUACCCGCACAAGGAUAUAGUUCAGUCAUGACCGGAACAUCAUAUCCUUUGGCAGAAGCCAUGCCUCUCCAGCAAACUCAAGAAUACUGGAUGUAUGAGAAUGAACAAUCCUAUGGCCCUCCCUCGAGUUUGUCAUACCAUCAUGCGCAGCCCGACCACGCUGCAUCUGGGUCGAGUGUCCAACUUCCAGGUUAUCCCCAUCAACUGGAUCCGCGACUUAAUUUGAGCUAUUACUCGACGCAGCUUCCGGGACUGGCUCACGGCUCAUCGCAAUCAGCUUCCCAGGCAGGCAAGGCGAAUCAACACUCCAACGUCAACCCGCCGCAAUGA